ACAGAAAGACACAGAAAGGAACAGAGAAGAGAGAGAAAAGAAAAGGAGAAGAGAAGAUUGAUUCAUUAAACAGUACUCCUUUGCCUCUAAGAUAUCCCAGUCCAUUAUACAUAUCAAUCAGAUUUAUUGUUCUUGGAUUUCAUGUCACAAAAGAACAUAAAAUCACAUAAGGAUCUGAUGAUAAAUCAGUUUGAAGGAUUCCAAAAGGUGGAUUGAAAAACUUCAGCUUUAGAAUGCAAAUUCUUUUUUUUUUUUUUUUUUUUUUUUUUUACUGUUUUUGUUUACUGUGAGGAAAUUGCUGGGAUGGGAAAGAGAUGGGGAAAGAGGAAAGUAAGAAAUAGGAGGCACGAAGUUUCAGUUCUUAUCCUCAUGAACUUUUUUUCCAUCUAGAUAGGAAAACAACAUAUACUCAAAUGAAAAGUUAUACAGUACUAAAAGAUACCAUAUGAUUGGAUCCCAAGUAAUUUAUAUAGGCUAUAAGUUUGGGAAGAUUUUAGCGAAGGUAGAGACAAUUGUAACAAGUCAAGAAAUCUUUGUGAAGCUAAAACUAGACAUUUAAGAAUGGAUGACAAUUUUUGUCAAAUCUUAUGUAAAAGAGGGGAAUGUAUUCAAGGGCACAGAGGUGAGAAUGAACAAAGCAAAAUGACCAAAUAUAAUGAGUAAAUAGAUCAGUUUAUGCUGCAGAGUUUGUAUUGGGGAAUACUGGAAUUAAGUUUGGAAAAGGAGAAUGGUUCUAAAUAAAAUAUCAAGCUAAAGAGGAAGAAUGAUCUCUUACUUUGUGCCUACUCUAUCUCAAUCACUUUACUAAUUUUAUCUCAUUUGAUUCUUACAAUUCUGUGAGAUACUCCAAGUUAACAACUGAGGAAACAGGCAGCCAGCUUUAGUGACUUACUCAGGGUCAUCCAGGCAAUGCACGAAGACAAAUUUGAACUCAGAUCCUCUAAAUUCCAUGACUUUAUCCCUUGUUCUACCUAGGUUUUUGAACACGGAAAUGAGAGGGUAAAACAACUUUUUGGAAGGCUAUUUAACACUAUAUAACAGACAUAUGUUUUAUAUAUACACACACAUAUGUGUGUGUGCAUACAUAUAUAUACAUGUAUAAAUAUAAAAAUUUAACAUUAAUAUUUAAUUUAAUAACAGUGUGCAAGAUAGAUUGGAGUGGGAGAAAAAAUGGAUAUAGGGAACAGGAGAUAACGAUCCAUCUCCUAGUUUGGAAGGGGAGGGGGCAAAGAAUAGGGGAAAUAGCUCCAGUGGUCUGUGCUUGGAUGAUUGAUUGAAAAACUGAUCAAAUCCCCACUAAACCAAAACACUGUGAGGUGUUUAUUUUUGGUGGAACUCACACAUAAUAAACACCUACAUGCUAUGGGCAUCUUUUAUAAGGAAAGGCAUUUUUUCUCGGAAACUUUGUCCCAUUCCCUUGUUGGAUAGUCUGAAUCCCCUUUCAUUGUCCCACUGAUUUGUUUUUUUUUUUUUUUUUUUUUUUUUUUUUUUUACUUUCUGAUCCUUGAAUACAGAAGCCCAUCCAAAAGACUUGGACUUCAGCGGGGCCCAAACACUGUUUCCUUUGCUCCUCCCACCAGCUCACUGACUGCUCUUUCUCUAAAGAGCUCAGACCUUUUCGGCUUCUCUUCGCGGCGGAAUUCCAGACUUUUCCAAAACCUCGGCAGCGGUCCCUGCCCUUCAUUCCUAAACCAAGGAGAACGUUCUGAUCAUGUUGGCGGAAUUAGCCAAGCGGUCACCCUCCCCAAGGGAAGAAGCAGAUUGUUUUCGCCUUAGACAGAUUCCGGUGGGCGAGGAUAAAGGGAGGAGCACCCAACCGCCAUCCAUCCUUACUUACUAUGGCAGUGGCCAGGGCAGUGUCCUCGGUCACUCCCCUCACCCCCCACCCCAACCCACCCGGGACACAGCGGCUGUCCCCAAAACGAUUACGACAUUUUGGGAAGUUUGUGCUAAUGUCCCUUGAGGUUUCUGCCGAAGCCCCUCCCACUGGACUUAUAUAAAAACAAGGCACCGGUCGGGUCCACCUCACUCGUCGGACAGGAUAGGCUGCAUUGUCCCACACAUUGUCCGAGGAAGGCACACCUGAGCCUGACCGUCCUCGAGUCGCGAGCCUGUCCUCCCCAUAGCUACUCGGGAUCGACCUUACCUACCAGCCGCGCAAAAGGCCAAUUGCUGGGAUUUCCAGGUCAGCCAGGAGGUCACUAGUCAGGACCUCCCUCGCUCAGCUCCGACCAGCUAGCCCAGACUAGACAUCCCAAUUCUCCCAUUCAUUCGCAGCCGAGGACGCUCCUCCGAGAUGGACAGCUACUUCUGGAAGAUCUCCACUGUGUUGCUCACCAUCGGUAUAUACCUUUUGCAAAAUGCUCAUAGUACAACUGUGAUUCCAACGUGUAUGCCAGACGAAUCAAAUGACAACUGCACUGCUUUAGUUCAGAUAGAAAAUAAUCCCCCCGUGGGUCCAGUGGCAAUUGCAAAAUGUGGCGAGGACAUGCAAGGCUUCUGUUUUCAUGGGCAGUGCAUCUACCUAGUGGAUAUGAGUCAACACGUCUGUAGGUGUGAAGUAGGCUACACAGGCAGCAGAUGUGAGCAUUUUUUGCUAACUGUUCACCAACCCUUGAGUAAAGAAUAUGUAGUAUUGACUGUCAUGCUUGUUAUUCUGUUUCUGAUCAUCAUUGUUGGGGGCACAUAUUACUUCCUUAGAUGGUACAAAAACAGAAAAAGCAAAGAAUCAAAGAAGGAAUAUGAAAGAGUGACUUUGAAUGAUGAAAAGAACUCAAUAUUUCUACAAGUCUGAAAGAAGCAAAUGGCACAUCCUUACUACUUGCCUAAUGGCAACCUCUUAGUGUUAAUAGUUUUGUUUUAUUAAUAAUUAUUAAUAAUAUUUAUGUUAAAAACAAAAAAGGGUCAAACCAUAUAUUUUUUUUUCUUUUAAAAGAAGUCCACGGAGAUUUUAUUUUUAUUUUUUUAUUUUAUUAUUUUUGUAUGAUGGAAUGUUUACUAGUGUAUAAAGUGCAUGUAGUAUUUUAUACAUAAAAUCAGUUUUUUAUAAGAAAUACAAACUCCUGGGCUAGUGCUUUAUUGAAAGCCACAAAGCUUGCAAGCUUGUAUAGGAAUCUAUUCCAAAGCCAUCUUCUGUAAUGUGUCCGGGAUACUCAAGUGAAUAAUGACAAAAGACAGCAAAUGCAUUUCUUACAUAAUAAUUUGUUGGAAAGCAUGGUUCACUGAAAACUGACAUCAAAGGAAUGGCAUUGGAAGAUGAAGAUAUAAUUCGCCUUGGAGUCCUGUGGCAAGCAAAACAUUAAAAAAUGGAAAAUAUGGACAAUGGGAAUGAUCUGGGGGGAAAACAUUUUUUCCCAACCAUUUUCUAGUAACAAUGAAUAUUUGUUUACUACAAGCAACUGUGCUCAGUAUUCCAUUUUAGGACUUAACUGUAGAAAUUCAAAAAUCAAAUAUGCAACUAGGUCUCGAUUAGUGUGAAUAGCAAAUCCUGGGAUUCAAAUUCCUUACCAAAGUUAUAAUUAUGUAAAAUCUGGUAAUUGCUUCAUCUUCUUGCAAUGCAAAAUUGAAUAAUGCAACAAUUUCAGGAAAUUCAUUAUUAACAUUAAUCAGAGGCCUAGAUGUAUUCUCACCAAUGAAGAUUUUAAAGAUGCUUUGCUAAAUUUUAAUUUUUGAUUAUCCUUUGUAUCUAGAAGCAACUUAGAAUCUUAUCAGUUUUCUUCAUUAUAUGUUUGGAUAUUUCAAAAGGUUUGGGAUUUCCUCACUGUGAAUUUCUCCAUCAACAGACAACAUAUUCUACACUUUCACAGUCAGUUAUCAUCAGUUACUAUGACUAAAUUAAUUCUUUAUAUGGGGCACCCAUUGUCAGCCUUUGGGUAGUGAAUGUCUUGGAACUUGACUAGAUAGCUCAUUUAUCAAUCAAUAGACACUUAGUAAAUUUGCACCAAACUUGUGUUACAGCUAGACUCAUAUUCAGAAGUCUUUCUAGCCUGGUUACAGAUACUCUUCUGUAGUCUAUAAGACCCCAGGUUGACCCUCCAUUCCAAUGAAAAAUUGGAGUAGGAUUUCAGUAAGGGUCCUAUUUGAGUAGUAUUAUAUUUACUAGAGUCUAUAGAUGCUCAUCAAUAUAUUUUGGUUGUUGUUAUAUUGCUGUUGUUGUUGAAUUAUCAGGGGGGAAAUCCCUUAACAAGAGAAUAUAUUCCAUUCCCCUUUCUCCAAUGUUUAUUUUCACAAAAACUUCAUUUAAGUAGGAUAAGAACUAGAUCCUACAUGAUAUGUGAGUAGAUGAAUAGAGUGUGCAUGAAUGAAUGCACAAAUACACAGGCACACACAGAAAAAUUUUGAAGAUCUAAUUUAAUAUUUCAAAGUGUAAUAGUGUUCAAUUGUUGGUUUUGUAAUAAAUAGAAAAGCAAUGCAAUGCAAAAGUCAGUCUGAAAUUAUUUUCUACCAGCAGUGAACUAGAGUUAACAUGAGAUAUUAAAUCACUGAAUGUAUUACAUACCUUUGGCUUUCUUAUUUACAAAAUGAAUGCUACCCUAUUUCUAUGUGCAGCAUGAUGAGAUUCUUCAAGGUUUAAUACUCCAAAAUGCUAAUGGAGCUAGGAUGAUAUUCUCUUGCAAAUGUCCACCAGAAAUGCAAACCAUACUCUAUCCUAUGCAACUCUUGUCCCUUCUUCCUUAAGUCUGCCACAGAAGGUCUCCCCAAUGUGCUAGUGGCAGAUGAGUAUUAUAAAUAAGCCCUUGAUGAUAAGUGGCAUUUUCCCAAUUUAAAAAUUUGAUACAUGUACAACCAUUAGCCAAAUAAGGCAAACACAUCACCAAAUUGUCCCCUUUUCCCCAGUGGUUUAUCUGUCUGAUCAACAUUGUUUAAGGCAAUUUCACAGUCUUAGAGUUUGUAAGUCAUGAGUUUUUAUGAUAUAUUGCUAUGAAGGCUGCUCUUCACAAAGGGAUAUAUGUAAAAUAAUAGCUAACAUUCUUCCAUUGGAUCUAGACUAAUAAUUUAUAGGGACUGCAAGUCAGUUCCUAGAAUAGCUUUUAGCAGCCCAAUUCAUUCAACAAAUCUUAAAAUGUCAAAAAUUAUUAAAAGUAAGGAGAGGGCCCCUCAGAACUAUGUGUCAAGUGAGUUCCCUUCUUUUUUCUCUAAAUUUUUAUUUGCCUUGUGUUCAGAGGCAUAGACCUCCAGACCACAGGGUAGCAACACGAAUCAUUAGGUCCAAGAGCUUCAAAACUUCUACCUUUGAUAGCUAUAAGGUAUAAGCCAUUGGACCAUGGUGUUAAAAAAAAAAAUUAAGCACACAGCUAUACCUUGGAUUUAGUGGGGUUUUUUUCUUGUUGACUUAUGUAUGCAUCAUGAUUUGGGUUUUGAGUAAGUUACUAUUUUUUAAACAUAUAUCUAAAAGAUAUAAAGGUAAAAUUAAAGUUAGGAUAAUAAGAAUUAGUGACAUGCCAAAUGUCAUAACUGUAUUUGGUUGCACAAAUUAAAUCAAGUGCUUCAAAUACUUUAAACAUUUCAUUCAUUCCACAGAUUUGAACAUCACCUAUAUAAACACCGAGCACCAUGUUUUCAGUCAGGGUCAAUUUGCUUUCACCUAUUUUUAUGCCUUGGCAAUUCUAUCUAUUGUUUCAUUGAAAUAAUUGCUCAAUGGCAAUCCAUUCAUUUAACUUACAGACAUGACCUCUAUUGAAUUCAGUAUAGGAAAAUCAAUUCAGAAUAAAGCAAAAAAUCAGUAGUGCUUGAUCUGGGUUCUGAUUCUAAUAAUUCCCACUCCAUCCUUAUCCCACCCUCUACUCCAGCUUUACAAUACAGUUAAACAACUCACCUCCAAAAAUAAAAAAAAAAAACAUAUUAAAGAAAAAAUACAAAUUGAAAGUGGUAUUAGAAAAGAAAGUAAAUCAACAUGGCUAAGGAUUUUAUUUUCAAAUAAAAGUCACUUAUUACUUAGUAGCCACAUUGGGAAGUUCCAUUUUCACAUUCUUCAUAUAGUUUCAAAGUAUCCCACGUGCAAGAUGUCCAUAAAAUACCUUCUAUAUACCUUCAAAUAGUUACAUUAUUCCCUAUGAAUGUUUUUACUUAUCAUUUUUUUCUAUAAUUUAAGAAAAUAUCUGUGUCAAAGAUAUAACUUUAAAAGGGGCUAUGUGUAUGGAAGAUAUGGAUAUGAAUGAGGACAAGCUUGUAAACCUUCAUACUAAACUCAUGAUUUCCUAGAAAGCUGCAACAUAAUCCACUGUACACUCUAAUACUAAAAGAAAAAAAAAUUCCUAAAAUAAUCAAGAUUUGUAGUUGAAUUAAAAGUUCUGAAAACUUAUAACUAAACAUUUAAUCUUCACCAUUUCCUAAUUUAAUACAAUCUAUUCCUAUUUGCUUAAGUAGUUUCACUCUUUGGACAUAAAAUAUUAAUGAGUACUCUAAAAUCUCAUGUCAUCUUCCAAAUGGCACCUUUUUUGGUUGUAAGAAUUAUAAUUAACUAAAUUCCAGCUGUUUGUUUUAUGAAACUGUUAUACUUUCUUCAGUGAUUACAGUAUCUAUAUCUCAUUUCUCUUUAGUUCAAAAAAAUGCUAUUUACUAUGGAAGGGAUGUCGAAAUCUGACCCACCUUUUCAUUAUUAUUUUAAGAUCCAUUUUGUUAAUUAGUUUUAGAGUACCAAAAUCUUGGCCUAAACAUUUACUGUAUUUUCCCAAUUUCAUUGAGAUUUGGGGAGAAAAUAAGAGGAUAAGUCACUAUGUCUUCACAAUAUGUUUUAAUAUUUUCACUUCUUCUCCCCAAAAGAAUCCAUGAGUAGUAUCUGACUUUCAAAUGUUAUAUUUUGUAUAUAAGAUGGUGUAUUUUUCUCACUUGCCUUCAAACGAUAUAAUUGUGUUUUUACUUCUGUAAAACAUUCUAAAAUUCAGUUUAUAUUGAAAAUCUUAUUAAACAUAAAUUGUAUUGUAUGCAAUUUGUUGCUUAUGAUUGUCUGAACAGUAAGAGCCUACUGAAUUGUAUCAAUUUGUUGUUUAUGUGCAGUAUCAACUUUGAUAGUAAUGUACCUUAACGUAUCGAAGGAGAAUGACUACAAACAACUGCACAUCUUAAACAAAUCUAUUGGAAGAAAAAAAUUAAACAUAUUACAUAAAAAUAA